CACCCGCUCCCGCUGGGCAACCCUUCUCAAUUGCACGGCACCACUGCCAACACUAGCACCUAUGGCACCAGCGGGAAUUCUGUUACGGCGAGGCAGCGGAUGCUGCUGCAGCAGUGCCGCGAGGAGUGUUGUCUCCUCUAUGCGGGCAUAUUCCACUCUGGAGCUGCCCGAAGCAAGGAAGCAAGGCGAAGAGAACAAAGCCUGGGCCAAGACGCCGGGCGCGCGACAGGUCCUUGAUCAACCACCGUUCGAAGGGGAGGACGGUGAUAUAGGUGCAGCUCGGGCUUCGGCGUGCAUGCUGGAAUCUCUCGAGGGUUAUCUUCAGGCUCGUCGAUGGCCUUACCGCGAAGAACCUGCUCGGCGAUUCCUCUCGCACCUCCUCACCUACCCUCUCACGCUAGCGGCCGGUUUGCGGGAAGCCCGGAUAAAGCAGCAGCCCGAGUAUACCAACAGCGACGGCCGUCGUAACAAGCUCGCCGUUGUCUGCUUGGGCGCCCGGGCCGAGAGCACGAUGCCCCCGGCGUACUGGCGGGAGGCACUCUUCGCCCUCCCGGACGUCUCUCGCCUUUCCCUUCAUCUCAUCGGCCCGGAGCUAGGCCUUCCCCCCGGCGUUGUUGCGGCAGCGCGACCGGGGACAGCGGCCUGCGACGGAGCGGGCACGAUUGGCCCUAUCUCGACUGCUGUUAUCUCUGUAGGUGCAAGGACGGCUGAUAUUGCGUGGACUCGAGCCAUGGUGGGCUCAAGCGCCGGCGGGUGCGUCACGGGAGCAGAGCAGAAGCCAGAGGCGGCGGCGGGUUCAGCUGUGGGCUCUGGAAGAGGUGCUGCCACAGAACCGGGGGGGGCGGGGGCAGUAGAGGCUGCAGAGGAAGCCGUAGAAGCGGCCGACGCGUUCGUUCUUUUCAACCCAGGCCUUGGGCACCCGCACCUCCGGCAAGGGUGGGACGGGGCGCUGAAACGCCUUCUCGCUACCGGAAAACCGAUAGUCGUUUCGUGUCACAGCCCGAAGGACCUGGAUAGAGACACGCGUCUGCUGCGCGAGGCGGGGGCGGAGCCGUGCUGCCCCCCCAGCGCCGCAAACGCCUCGGCGGGGGAAGGGAACGGCAACCGGGGGAACGGUUUGGGUGCGAAAGAAAACCCCUUCCGUAGCUUGAUGGCGUCGGAGGACCCGCUCUCGGUGCCGGGGGAUGAAGAUCUCGUGUGGUGCAACUGGGGGAUGAUGGUUGUACGAGGGGCAGGGGAUGCAAGAACAAAGGGCAGGGUAGCCUUGUAGCGGUGUCGUCAGCUUUCUGUCCCUCUCAGAGAACACGUUGCCCACCACCCGAGGGUAGGAUCAAAGGUGGUUCUCGACGGUUGUGUGCGAGACGAAGAAGAGCCGAUAACGUGGCACAUAGGUAUGGGGGAUUUUAACGGCCGCUAAGGCAAACCAUCCGUACCGCCGGAAGGGUUCCAUGAUCUUCAUGCAACUUGGCACUCGUAAUUGAGAAGGGGAAGGAGGUCCCGUAUCUUUCUAAGCCAAUAAAAUAUGCUGUGAAAACCGCGGUAACGAUUCACUUCUUCAUU